AUGGCCCGCCUCUUACUCCAGUCGCAAAUUGCUUACGCCCCGGAAGUUCCAGGAUUCUACAGAAGGAAGAAAAGCGCGGCGCUGGGUGCUUCUCACGCUUCAGAGGCCUGUGACACCUACGUCGUGCUCAACCACGACCAGGUCUUCCUCACUCCAGGGUUGCUCCAGGGGAUUGCUUGGGGAUUGCUUGGUUCUUGCUGUUCAGGGGUGAUUGCCUUUUCUGCGCGCGCCCCAGCUGCAUGGGCGCAGCAGCAAUCCACCCCGCACAGGAGCUAUACGAAGCUCGAGGCUUCAACCUUGUCCUGGAAAUUUCGGAGAUGGACAGCGAUAAUGCCGUAUGGUUAG